ACAUAGUCUUUGACUGUCAUGAAUUGUGAAAAAAAUCAGUGACUACCUAAUGUGCAUUGAAGUUAAAAUUUAAAAUAAUACAAGGCAAAUAUAUAGUAAAUGUACUGGUGAACUAUUGUAGCUAAUUAAUCGAUUAAAAGACAAAGAAAGUACAUUCAUUAUGUCUAUGUUAACUAACAUCAGCAUAACAUUUUUUGUUACAAGUUUAUUGUUGUGUUUCGUUUUGUCCACUGACAGCGACGUACAUACAAAUGAAAAUGAUGCGGAAAGUAUUUCUAAAAUUGGUCAAGGAGUUGGUCAUAUUAUGAAUAUUUACUACUGUUACUCAUGUGGCUACAAAAAAGUUUUUGAUGACUAUGCUGGUAUAAUUCAACAAAAAUAUCCAGAAAUUUCUGUUAUUGGCGAUAAUUAUGACCCACCAGGCUUAAACUUGUAUCUUUCAAGGAUUAUUGGAUUUGGGAAAAUGAUUUUCAUCAUGUGUAUACUGAGCGGGUUCAAUAUCUUUGCUUGGCUGAACAAACCCCAGCCUGCCUGGUGGAGCUGGUGCCUGGACAACAAAUUGUAUGCGUGCAUGAUGAUGUUCUUUUUGUUUAACAUGAUAGAAGGCCAGUUGGUUUAUUCUGGUGCAUUUGAAAUAUCUCUCGAUAACAUUCCACUAUGGUCUAAGUUAGAAACUGGGAGAAUCCCCCAGCCCCCAGAACUGUUUCAAAUUAUUGACAAUACUUUACAGUUCUCAAAAAUUGAUAUGCCUAAUAACAAUUUUGUUCAAUAAUGUUAAAGAAUACUUAAUUAAUUCUUGUAAAAAACAGAUGUUCCAUAAAUUUUUGAUAAACUUAACAGUAAUAACAAAAUCUAUAUUUGUGUAUGUGACUCAGAGUAUACAGAAAAACCUUUGUAAAUAAUGCAAUACUUAUUCUCUUUAUUAAUAAUAUACAUAGUUAUUUUACAUUGCAUAGUCCAAA